CAACGUAGUGCAUCAUGUGUUUCCGCACGGAUCCUUAACUCUGCAGUACGGCUCAGGAACAUGUGUAAACAAGAGGACCAAGGGGAAAUUUGCGCUGGAUAGUCUUUGGUUUAGUUGCACCUCGAAUAAUUGGUUUGUCGACGCCUCAUUAAUUCUGGAACUGUUUUAGAUUAUACACAUUUAAACAAAAAUGGCGGCAGAGAUUAAUAGCGACAGUGACGACGGCAUGGACGAGUUCAUGGACAAAUUCAAGACGCAGAGGUAUAAAAAAGGUUUCAGUGAGAACAACUGGGAGGAGGAGUUUAAUAAAAUCCCCAUGUUCAUGAAAACAGCCCCCGAAGAGAUAGACCCAAAGAAUUACCCUGAACUGGCUUGUCUUCAGUCAAUAAUCCACGAUGAUGACCGAUCUCCAGAGGAACAAGCAAUGAGUCUAAAAGACGAAGGGAAUGCCUUUUUCAAGGAGAAGAACUACAAAAAGGCCAUCAUUUGUUACACUGUAGCUUUGAAGAAGAAAUGUGGAGACCAGGAACUCAAUGCUGUUCUCCUCACUAACCGAGCAGCUUCCCACUUCCACCUGGGGAACAUGCGAUCUGCAUUGAAUGAUGCUGCAGGUGCCAAAAAAAUCAAACCAGGCCACCUUAAAGCCUUGAUCAGAGGUGCUCAGUGUUGUAUUGAGCUGCGCAACUUUUCAGAGGCUAUCCAAUGGUGCGACGAGGGGCUAAAGGAACAUUCCACUGACGAGAAGCUCAGAGAGUUGAGAGCUACAGCAGAUAAACACAAAAGAGCAGCAGAGCGGGACGCCAGGAAGGCUAAAGCUAAACAAAAGAAGCUGCAUGGUGAGAAAGAGGCUCUUCUGGCUGCUAUACAGAACCGAAGCAUCAAGCUCCUCCAGUCUAUGAAGCCUCACCGGAAAGGUUCAGAGAGUGAGGAUGACGAGGAUCAGUCUUCAGCAGCCAUGGAGGAGCUGAGCUUGGACGGCCUCAGUUCUCAGGAGGUCACUGGGGCUCAGGUCUUCCUGGAUGAGAAGGGCUCGUUGCACUGGCCUGUUCUCUUCCUCUACCCUGAGCAUCAGCAGAGUGAUUUUAUCUCUGCUUUCUGCGAGAAUGACUGUUUCAGAGAUCAUUUUAAUGUCAUGUUUGGAGAGGAACUUCCACCCUGGGACGCAGACAGAAAAUAUCUCCCCCAGAAUCUGCAGCUGUACUUUGAAGAUUGCAAGAAAGAAUCUCUUUACCAAGUUGAUCCAGAGAUGUCUCUGUUAAAAACUUUACAACAUAAAAGGUUUUUUGUCAAAGCGGGAACUCCCAGCUUCAUCGUGCUGGUAAAGGACUCAUCCUUCUGCAAGCAGUUUUUAUCAGAAAAAAAAGUUUGUGCUUUGUAAAAAAAAUAAUAAAAAUACAUAAACUGUUCUUAAACAUUGAA